GGUUGACAAGGCAUCGGGAUCGCGCUUUAUCGUGUUUGGCUGGCAAGUGCCUUCGGUGUAACGGGCUUAUCAUUAUGGGGCAUCCAGGACCCCGAGGCGGGGUGGACCCUGACCGACCGACGGAUGCGAAGAGCUCAUCCAGGCGGUUUAUACCGGGAUAGAAAGAAAUCAGUGCGAUAAAGAGGCGGUGAGUGGAGCUGCAGAGAAGGAGGUGUUUGCUGGGAUUCAACCAGAGCCAGAAUCACUGCCUGUAGGUUAACAGGAGAAGAGGGACGUGAGAAAACUGGGAAAUCAACAGUUUACUGUCUUAACUGGACCUGGUUUUGCUCUGAGGGAAAAAAUGGAUGGAUGGUCCGGUCAGUCCAACCCGGUCGGGGCAGGGUGGGCUCAUCCGGAGUGAAGACAGUCGGCUCUUAUCUGUUGGCUUCUCCUCCUCCGGGCGGCGAUGUCCGCUUUCUGCCUGGACCUGCAGACGUCCGCCGUGGUUUCAGCACCACUGGAGCUGGACAGCGACUGCAUGGAGCCGCGAGCCAGUCCCGCCGCUCAGGAGCCCGGCGGCUUCCAGGGUCACUCGCUGCGACAAGCCGGCUCCGGAGGCCUCGGCAUGGCCUUGGAGGAAGAACUGGCCAUGAUCACCGGGGAGCGGGGAGACGAGGAGGAGCUGUCGGACCUAGAGGCGCCUGCAGUGGGACAUAACGCGGACUUACUGUUGCUUUUCCGACAAAAGGAGAAAGACUUGGUUCUAGCUGCUAAACUCGGCAAAGCUUUGCUUGAAAGAAACCAAGACUUGACCAAGCAAUAUGAGAAAAUGCACAAAGAUCUCAACGAGAAAUUAGAGCACUUGGAGCAAGAGAAACAUGAGUUGCGACGGCGUCUGGAAAGUCGGGAAGGGGAGUGGGAGGGCCGCGUGGCCGAGCUGGAGACCGACGUCCAGCAGCUUCAGGGUGAGCUGGAGCGCCAUCAAGUCCAGCUGAGAGAGGCUGACAGGGACAAGACCAAGGCCAUCAGGGAGCUCUCUGAACAGAACCAUAGACUGCUAGAGCAACUCAACAGGGCUGCAGAGGUGGAGAGGCAGCUGUCCACUCAGGUCCAUUCAUUACGGGACGACUUCAGGGAGAAGAGUAUGUCUACAAGCCAGCACAUGACACGACUAGAGACCCUACAGGCUGAGCAAGGGCUAGAAAUUAAGAUGCUGUCAGAGAGGAAGAUGGAGAUCGAGCAUCGGAUGCACGCCGUGCUUGAGGAGAACGAUCUGCUGCAGAACACUGUGGACGACCUGCGAGAGAGGACGCUGGUGUUGGAGAAACAGUGUCAUGAAAAGGACCUUCAGUUGAGACAGAGCCAGUUGGAGCUCCAGGAGGUUCAAGUGUCCCACAGACAGCUGACUGCUAGGUUGGCUGAGCUGACGGAGGAGCACAGUCUCCAAACUCUCACCCCCCACCCAUCCAGCCUGCUGUGCGAGAUAGAGCAGAGCAUGGAGCAGGAGGAGCAGGAGCAGGAGAGGGAACAGCUCCGUCUCCAGCUAUGGGAGGCCUACUGUGAAGUUCGCGCGCUUUGCUCUCAUCUCCGUGGAAACGACGUCACAGACUCAGCGCUGUCCACUGACUCCUCCAUGGACGAGUCCUCAGAGACUUCCUCAGUCAAGGAUGUGCCAACUGGGAGCCUCCACACCAGCCUGUUAGAACUACGAAGGCUCACGCAGAACCUGCUGGAUGGCAACGAGUCUACGGGCUCGCGGCGCAGUGAUGAGGAGGCUCUGGAGGAGCAGGUGAGGAAGCUGGGAGAAGAACUGCGGGAGGUCAGAGAGUUGUAUGAAGCUGAGCAGAAAAAAACACGUAGCAAUGAAGAAGAGCUGCUACAGCUGCACAACCAGAUGGCGCUGCUCUCAGUGGAGACGUGCUCUCUCCGAGAGGAGAACGAGCGGAUGAGGACGAUGGCUGAAGUUCGAGAACCCAGCGAGAAGCUCCAGAGUGCUAUCCGAGACAGAGACGACGCCAUAGCCAAGAAGAAAGCUGUGGAAAUGGAACUGGCCAAAUGUAAAAUAGACAUAAUGUCUCUGAACAGCCAGCUGCUGGACGCCAUCCAGCAGAAGCUCAACUUGUCGCAGCAGCUGGAGGCUUGGCAGGAUGAUAUGCACCGAGUAAUUGACCAGCAGUUGAUGGACAAGCACCAGGAUGAGUGGCGUUCAGCCAAUACCUCCCUGUCAGGGUCAUCGCGGAGUCAGUCCUCAAGACGAGCUCAUCGCAUCUCUGACCGGGACAAGAGACUUUUCUCUUUUUUCAAAAAGAACUGAGCCCUGCUGGACUGACCCUGAGCUCAGCAGACACGUGUAGAGAGACAAGGUGAGGGACAAGGAGGAAAUGACAUCUUAGUAUAGGGGUAACAACACAGCCAAAGACAGGCAGCGGCACACGCUGAGGUUUGGGGGGGGUAGGAUAAUUUGCACUUUAUAAGUCCCCGUUAUUCUUCUUACUGAUUAACUGGUGGCUGCUGACAAUGAAUGAAGUGAAAGAGCAGGACUUCCCCAGAGUCUUUGGCUUCAGCCCCUCUCAUAGAGAGCUUUUGGUCUUACAGAAUGCAACGGGGUCACAAAGUUUACCUCCGUAAAGGAAGGUUUCCUUGUAGUGCCUACAACCAUCUCUACAAACCCACUGCCAACUCUGUAGAGAUGGAAUACAAUGUACAGUUAAUGUAUGCAUCCCAGUUAUCAGGGCCAAUGAGUCUGGGGAAAGACAGACAUGUACGGGACAUUGCAGGAAGAUAAAAGAAGAGAGUAUUGCAUCAGAGUAUGACAGAUGACAUUAGACGGAUGCUAACUAUCCUCUGAGUACAGAGCAUAGAUGCAGCAGUCAGUUUGUCUCUCAGGUUUAUUCAUUUGUUCAGGGGAACAUGAAGUAACAUUGAUGUAACUGACAAAUGAAAGUUAAUUUAACAUCUAACCAAAGUGGGGAAAGGGAUUUUUUUCACUUUCUGAUUUAGCAUGUGCUCACUGGUAACAUUUGAGGACAUGCAACAUUUUAAAGGUGCACUUGUUGAUAUUUUUAUAUACACAAUGAAUCAUUUAAACUGGAAAAUGUGAAAAGGAUGUUAAUCUAAGAAAAAACCCUCAGAAAAGAUUCACCUCACAUCAAAGUUCUUCUGAGCACUGGUUAGCAUUUUAGCAUUUUUAGCUAGUUGUUUGAAUUGCUGAUUUUCUUUUAACAUUGGCCUUAACAUGAGUUAUUUGGGCAUAAAUGUGACUGCUAACUUGCUAAAUUAGUACCAACUGAGCAAAAAAAUUACAAGUAAGCGCAGCUUUUAAAAUCUGAAUUUCUAGAUUAAAAGCAGCAAAGACAGUUAAGAUCUAAUAUUAAAAUCUAAACAGCUAAAUACUACAUUACCCAUAAUGCUUUUAAACUAUUCUGAUUAUAUUUUUCCUCUUUAUAAAUGGCCACACAAGUUAAAUCAAGUUAACGUAAAUGAUAAGAAUGUAAGUAAAACAGCACUUUUAAUUGGUCCCAGACCUUCAUGUUAAUCUCUGACACAUGAAUAAACCUUUGGGUAGCCGAACGUAUUGACACUGACUGUGCAGGUGUUUUUAUUUUUCUACAGUUCAUAUUAUAUUCAUAAUUAUAUAAAAGAAAAAGCACUGUCCAACAUUGUCCAUGUGAUGUCAGCCAUUUUCCUAGUUAACCAAAUUUUCAAAACGUUUACAUCAAAUUGAGAAGGAGGUAGAGUGCUCAUCAACUCCAGAGUAACCAGAUGAAUUUCAUAGAUAUAAGUCAGUGUACAGCAAUUCCAUCCACCUUCCUCGGGAGUGGACAACGUCUGCUGCGAUGCUUCACAUUCACUCCGAAUAGAAAAGGUCUACCUCCAUUCUCUUUGCUUCAAUAAUUCAUGGGCACUUUGAUUUCUAAGCUGGUGGGCUUCCAUUUUAGGCAACAUAUCUAUGACUCCAUCGGUGACACAGUUUGUGUUGACCUCAAAUCUUCAAGUGUGUGUGAGUCAGAGUGAUGUCUCAUGUUCGUCUGUGUUUGAACUCAAGUCAAAUGCAGCUGUGUAAACCUAUGCAGAUGUCUUCAUGUCAUCUCAGCUGGUUGUUGGGAAGGAUCAACCCAAAGAAUGAUUUUUA